GGCAUCUUCAUGCAUUUGGCAGUCAAUGCGCCGGUAGCUACACAAAUGGGUCGUGCCCUCCUUGAUUUUGUGUGGGCGGUGCGUUACCACACUGACCAGAUGGUAAGACGAAGCGUCCUCUUUGCCGUCUGCUCCGUGUUCAUGAGUAUGCCCAGUCCAAACCUCCUAGUGGACCUUGCAGACCAGAUUUUUGAAACUAGAUCUUGGUUGACAGAUGUGGCUGGGGAUGAUGUGGAUGCCGAUUGCAGGAGUUUAGCCAUGCAGAGUCUGAUGCUCCUGGAUAAGAGCCUGAAGAAACAGCUUCAAAGUCCACAAGCCCUCAGCAUUGAAUCAUGACCAGCAACAACAACAACAAAAAAAUGCACCAGGUCAAAGUGAACACUCUGUCCUCACAAAGACUGCAGGUGACAAUUGCGACAGUCAAGGAAGCGGAUGACCCCAAACAGUGACCAAUGUCCCUCAAGGUGGGAUGACUUUUUUCACUUCCUGGAACACAAGGUCAAGCAAAAGAGAGCAGGUUUUAUCCCCCGACUCUGCAUUUAAAAGUACACACACAUUUUUACUUUUUGUUCAAACUUCAAACCACAGUCAAACGAGACCAAUUGUGGCUGAAAAGAAGAAAUACUAUGCCGGGUUUUUUCGGCUAAUAAUGUAUGAAGAGGAUAUCCUUUAUAUAGUACAGGUAGAUCAUUUCGUCUCUUUCCUGUACAAGCAGAUCUUUCUAUUGGGGUUGUUUGUUCACAAAGGACAUCCUGUGAAUAUUUAUGUGCAGUACUUAGUCGUACACAGACUGGAAAAAUAAAUUGCACUUCCUCCUGUGACAUAAAUGGGUAAUUUCACACGAGAAUGAGGUCUCUGAAAUACCUUUUCUCUGAUGAGAAACUGCAAAAGAUGACAAUUUGUAAUUGUAUGCUGUUGCAUCGCAUGUAGAUUUUUUCUGCCCAACUGAAAU